AGUUCCCUCCCUCCCAGCUCCUCCUCCUACUCGCACCAGCAUCAUCAUCAUCAGUUGGUUGCGAGCUCCUCAAGAUGCAUGCUGCUGCAUAGGUAGAAGUACAAGACCGGGACUGUGUACGUAUUGGUUCGUCGCCAUGGUUGCAGAGAUGGGAGAAGCAGCACCGGAAGCAGAGGUGGUGCCAGGGGCAGAGGGCGGUCAUGGCGAGGCGCUGAUGGUGCUCGAGACUCUGGCGUCGUCUUCGCUGGCCUGCACCGUCCCGCAGUUCCCGACCAAGUGGAAUUCCGUCAAGGACAAGCUCCGGCAGCUCUGCUCCGGCCUCAGUUUGCUGCGCAGCAAUGGCGGCGACGGCGAAGAUGAGGAGGAGGAAGAAGGGGAAGAACAUCACCAUGUGCUGGCUCAGUUUCUGCAGUCUGCUUCGGCCACCGUGAGGGCCAUCCUGGACGUGGCCUCGCAGUGCAGCGACGGCACGUACAGCGGCGGUCGGCUGCGCCUGCGGAGCGACAUGGACGGCCUCAGCGCCAAGCUGGAGGCGCACGUGCGGCAGCUCAAGGAGAUGGCCUCCACCGGCGCGGCCACGUCGCCGUCGCAGGCCAUCGUCGCGGUGCGGCCGGGCGCCGACGCCGGCGUCGGCGAGAAGAGGUUCUUCCUCAAGGACCUCUUCUCCCGGAUCAGGAUCGGCGGGCCGGUGCAGAGGGCGCAGGCGCUGGCCACAAUCGCCGAGCUCAUGUCGGAGGACGAGGCGUGCGUGCGGGUCGUGGCGCUCGACGUCGACGACGGCGUCGCCGUGCUCGCCGGCUUCCUCGAGUCGCGGGACCCGCGCGUCCAGGAGGAGGCAGCGGGCGCCGUGGCCGUCGUGGCGGGGUCCGACUCGUACAGGGGCAUGCUGGUGAAGGCCGGCGUGAUCGCGCCGCUGGUGCAGGUGCUGGAGAACGCGGGCGGCGUGGGCGCAGCCACGGCGCUCGCCAGGGAGCGCGCGGCGCAGGCGCUGCGGGAGCUGACGGAGAACUCGGACAACGUGUGGGCCGUGUGCGCGCACGGCGGCGUCACGACGCUCCUCCACGCCUGCGCCGACGCCGGCAGCGGCGGCCGGCUGCUCAGCUCCUCCUUCGCCGUCCUCCGGAACCUGAGCAGGGUGGAAGAAGUAAAAAUGUUCAUGGUGGAGCAGGGCGUGGUGACGGAGCUGGUCAAGCUCUCGCAGAAGAUGGAGGAGGUCCGGAAGCUCGGCGCCGUGGAGCUGCUGCACGCCAUGGCGCUGGACGACGCCGACGUGAGGGAGGAGGCCAUCGGCAUGGGGGUCAUCCAGUCCCUCCUCCAGCUGAUAUACCCGGACCUCCCCUACUCCUACAAGGCCCGGGAGGUGGCCCUGGCCGCCAUCUGGUUCUUCUGCUUCUCCUCGGCGAGCUCCAUCGACGACCUGACCAGCUCCGACGUGCUCGGCUGGCUGCUCCACUACCUCAACAACGGCGACUACGCGGUGCUCGACUGCACGCUCAAGAUCCUCCGCCACCUCGCGGAGGCCUCGGAGGAGUACAGCCGGAUGAUGGCCCGGGCCGGGUACUUCGCCGCGCUCUCCGGCCUGCUCGCCGCGAAGUCCUUCCGGGUGCGGGAGAUGGCGGCGCAGGUGCUGUCCAGCCUGCUGGCGCUGCACGGGAACCGGGUCAUCUUCAUCCAGGACGGCGACAACCUGGACCGGCUGCUGCAGCUGCUCGACCCCUCCGAGGGCAAGCUGAUGGCCAAGGGCCUCAUCCUCUCGGCCGUCAUGUCGCUCGCCGAGACGGGCGCCGGCAGGAAGAAGAUCGUGUCGUCGGAGCACUUCGGGAGCCUCAAGGAGCUCGCCGACUCCGGCGACUCCGACGCCAAGAAGGUCGUCAAGAAGAUCGCCAACAGCAGCAGGCUGCAGUCCAUGUUCAGCAAGAUAUGGAGCGCCUAAGUUAUUUUCCUGACAACCAUUUCUUACUCAGAUGUCUUCACUAAACACCCCUUUGAUUUAGCGCUAGUAGUACAUUUGAUUUGCUGUCCAUAGUUUCUGCAUAUCUACAUCCAACCAUCAUUGUAAUUCCCUUGUGCUGUACAUUGCAACUUCAGUGAAAUUCAAGUUUUGUCAUCAGCCUUGUGUGAUGAUCAUCAGCCA